GACUGUUGUGCUUGGCAGUUGGCACGUCGUCGUCGUCGUCCCGAGUCUUCGGCCGGCUUAUCUGUUUAAUUUGUGCGUACGCUGCCACCGCCGCCGCCGCCGCCGCCGCUGCCGUCCUGAUCCGUGCGGGCGCGCGCGCGUAAGCCGUACUGAAUACGCGUGUACAACGCCGCCGGAGAUAAUACACGCGCGCACCUUUCCCCGCGGUUCAACGCCGCCGCCGCCGUCUGGUAACACAAUAUAUAAGAUCCGUUACGCGCAUUCACUCGUCUCAUAGGAACGACAAGUGCCCGCCGGCAAGACAGUUCUGUUCGUACGCCAUAUACAUAAUAUAUAUAUUAUAACGUUCGCGCCUUGCCCGUUGGUUGGGGUCGCGUUUCAAAACGAUUUUUCAAGUCGCGUUCGAAAUCGAAAUAACCGUUCGUUUUGAAUAAAAAUUUUAUGCAAUUUUUUUUCUCGUAAUUUUCCGUGGACGACGCGCACUCGCAAGCGCCCGAAGUGGUUUUUUUGUCGUAUUGUAAUCACCAUACUGAUAUUGUAUACGGACGUGGUGUGUGUCGACGACGAUUAUCACACACAUACGUGCACGCAGCGCAGCUCACGACGGACGCACGCACACACGCGGGCGCGUUCCGCGUAUUAUAGCACUGUUCGUAACGACUACUGCUGCUGCCGCUAUACUGCGACUACGACUACGACUACAACUACUCUACAACUGUUGCUGUACAGUGCAAGCCAACACUGGUGCUGCGACGACAUUCGCUCGCCGGUAACGACCAUCAGCGGGCAUCAGCCGCCCACCGCCGACAGUCAGCAGUCAGCCCGUCCGAACAUGACGUCGCCAUCAGCAGCUCCCAGCGCGCGCUGUUACGUGCCCAGAUCCGUGAUUGUGGCCGUCGUCGCCGCUCUGGCGUCGUGCACCGACGCCGCCACAGUGAUGACCAGAAUGAAAGACACCUCGAUGUUCAGAUCCAAAGGAGCCGUUGACGUGGACGGAAAUGCCGCCUCGUCGGCCAUCAAGGACAACGUCGCCGAUACGUACAACUUUAACGCUCAAAACUACACAAACGCCGCCAACAUUACCGGUAAGCUUCAUCGCGAUACGAUAAUUGUGCGAUUGAAAUGUUUUUGGAGCGGGUGGGUGCGCGCUUAGGGCAAAACAGACGGG